CAUAAAACAAAUUGUAUAUUCAUUCAGUCGCUUAUUAAAGCUGCUACUGUAAGGUGUUUUGAAUGAUUCAUUCUAUUUCUGAACUCUGCGGUUAAUUGAAUGAAGUCUUUAUUGAUUAAUACAAAUUCUUAUCACUCUUGAUUUGCUUAAAUGGAGGUAUUUUUUAGAAUGAAUAACCAUAAUUGAUGACUGCAUGGUUACAUAAUACAUCUGCGAAUAUUUGCGAACAAAAAAUAAUAUUGCAUAUUGUACCCAAUUUAAUACCUAUUACAUGGAGCUAACAUAAUGAAAAAAUUAUAUGAAUAUUUCCUCGUACCAACAAAAUAUCAAAAAUUUAAUACGAUUAUUUUUUUUUUUUUAUUAAAUUGUCGAUAUUCCUGAAAAUGCAAAUCCAAUCGAAAUCAAAUUGAGAACCCCGUUUGAAUUGCAUUAAUUCUAUGUUGCUACUUAGAUGGCAGGCCGUACGAACGUUGCCAUAGUAACAUUUGAAGUUUAAAAAUAAACACAAACAUAUCUUCAAAUGUGUAGAAAUAAAAUUUCACAAAAUGGUAUUAAUACAAGUACAUACAAAAAGUGUGAGAACAAAGUACAAAGUUCGUCUUUUGUCGAAAGGAACACUAAUUUUUGUCAUAACCACUGUAUUAUCAAUAAUUCUUCCAUUUAUAUUAGCCUAUAAGAGCAAAGGUUUUUGGAUGAAAAGGGACGUCUUCUAUGAUUUUCCAGACAUAAGAUUCCAAGGAAAAUAUAUUUUUGUAGCUUCCACAAGUAACAUAACUUUUCCUAUAGUUUGCAGUUCUUAUCCAAUUUUGAAGGAACAUUUCAAAAAUUUUUCUACAUGUUCACAAAUUAAAGUUCGAGAAGUAGACUACAAUAACAAUCGAAAAAUCGAUGAAUUAUUCUUAGGAUUGAAAAUAAAUCUUCCAGAAAAUAUUAAGAUAUUUUCUUUCAUAUUGAUACUUCCAAUCAUUCUCAAGCUUCAUAUACCAUCGUGCCCAUUGGAAAUGCAGUCUGAGAUUAUUUUACAAAGACAAAUGCCAGAGACCUCUUCUAACAUAACAUUCAUCGGAAACUUAGGAAUUGAUCAAUUUUAUCCUCUUCAAUGUUCUAGUAAGAUAAUUAACACAGCUUUCAAUUAUUCUGCAAUACUAGAGGAGAAUAUUUUGAAGAACUUUAGAAUUGGGAGCAUAAUUCAAAAUCGAAGGGAGAAAAAUAUAACAACAACAAUAUCCAAUCUGAUAGCUAUUGAAGAAUCUAAGAUUAAAAAUCAUCUUAUGGUAAAUCUAAAAAUUCAUUACAAUGAACAACAAUUCUAUUAUAAACCCCAAUUCAUGCAAAUCAUGAAAUGGGCUUGGAUCCAAUAUUAUGUAAUAUACAUAAUAAUCCAAUAUAUAGGUAAUAAAAUCAUGAAUUACAUAUUCGAAAAUCGUCUAGUUUUGUAUUACAAGGAUAAAUCAAAUAAAUUCAACUGAAAAUCA